AUGGUUGCUGCUAAACGCCCAAACUUCCUCGUCAUAGUCGCUGAUGACCUUGGCUUCAGCGACAUCAAGCCAUAUGGCUCCGAGAUAGACACUCCCGUACUAGACCGUCUGUCCAAAGAUGGAAUACGCAUGACCAACUUCCAUACUGCACAAGCAUGCUCACCUACACGAUCCAUGCUGCUCUCUGGUACCGACAACCACAUUGCUGGGCUCGGUCAGAUGGCCGAGUUCAAAGAGAUGAGGAAGAACCUUACUGGCAAAUACCCCAGUUACGUUGAUAAGCCGGGCUACGAAGGCUACCUCAACUGGAAAGUCGCUGCUCUGCCUGAGAUUCUUUCCGAUGCAGGUUACCUGACUAUUAUGUCAGGAAAGUGGCAUUUGGGUUUGACCCCCGACGUGUCACCAAGCGCAAGAGGCUUCAAGAAGAGCUUUGCGUUCUUGCCUGGCUGCGGAAACCACUUCAACUACGAACCGCAGUUCGAGGUAGAUCAAGACACGAUGCUGUUGACUUCUGAUGGCUUCUGGUUGGAGGAUGGAAAGCCUGUGGAUAGAAAGAAGGACUUGCCAGCCGAGUUUUACUCAACCAACUUCUUCACGGAUAAGUUGAUUGAUAUGUUAGCUGACAGAACCGAGGAAGAGAAAGAUCAGCCAUUCUUUUCUUACCUGGCUUACACGGCCCCGCACUGGCCGAUGCAAGCGCCACAAGAAGUCAUCCACAAAUAUCGCGGCGUAUAUGAUAAUGGUCCAGACAGACUCAGACUGGACCGGCUGGCCAGAUUGAAAGCACUAGGUCUUGUGCCAUUUGACGUUGAAGCUGCACUUCCAGUUGGUUUCGAAGCCGGCAUCAAGUGUGAAGAUCUCACAGAUGACGAGCGAGCUAUAUCCGCCAGGAAGAUGGAAGUCUACGCUGCCAUGGUUGAUCUGCUCGACCAGAACAUCGGAAAGGUUGUUGAUGCUCUUGACGCGUCAGGUGAACUGGAUAACACUUUCAUCUUGUUCAUGUCAGACAACGGCGCAGAAGGAUCUACGCUAGAAGCAGCCCCCCUCUUAUCGUCCUUCAAAACACUAGGCGAUCUGAUAGCUGCAUAUUAUGAUAACAGUCUUGAGAAUAUUGGUAGACACGACUCGUACGUCUGGUAUGGCUCACGGUGGGCUUGUGCUGCCACUGCCCCUUCUCGCGGGUUCAAGGGAUGGUCUACCGAGGGCGGGAUACGCUGCCCUUGCCUCAUUCGCUUCCCGCCAUUCUCAGUGGUUUCCGAAGCUAUUUCGCAUUCAUUCACAACGGUCAUGGAUAUCUUGCCAACAAUCCUCGACCUCGCGCAGGUGCAACACCCAGGGACCUCCUUCAGGGACCGUCAAGUCGUUAUUCCACGGGGUAAAUCCUGGGUGAACCAUCUCUCAUCUCCUACCGAGAAUCCUACCGUUCACCAAGAUGCGAAUCACAUCCAUGGCUGGGAAUUAUUCGGCAAUCGUGCCAUCCGUAGAGGGAACUGGAAAGCAGUGUUGCUGGCGAAAGCGGGCGCAGGUGAUUGGGAGCUGUUCAAUGUUGAGGAGGAUCCAGCUGAGCAGCAUGAUCUGGCAAAGGAACGUCCUGAGAUGCUGGAAGAAAUGCUUGUGCAUUGGGCGACAUAUGUUGCCGAGACGGGGUUAGUGGAAGACGCGUUCUGA